CUGGCGGCGAGCCCCGUGCUGCCGCCGCCGCCUCCGCUCCGCCCUGGCCUCCCGCUGCCAGGAGCCGGCCUCGCUCGGGGAGCGGAGGCCGCGGGAUGCCGGGGGGGGGGCUGCGGGCGGCCGAAGCGGGCCGGUUGCUGCCUCCUCGGGAUCCCCGCUCUUGUUCCCGUCCCGUUCCGUCCCGCCCGGUCGGGCAAAGUCCUCCGCCAUGAACGGGGAGAGGGGAGGCAGCCGCUCGGCCUUCCCCGGCCUCCCAGGGGAGGUGGUGCUGGAGGAGGCUGCGGGAGUCCGGCUGCGGUGCCGCGAAGGGGACGGCUCGGUGCCGGGCACCUUGGUCUGCACCAACCUCCGCGUCGCCUUCCUGGCCGCCCCCGGGCAUGGCGUGCAGCCUCCCGGCUCCGUUGCCCCCCUGCAGAGCGAGCACAACGUGGCGCUGCCCUGCAUCCGCAAGCUGGUGGCAGGCAGCAGCUUCACCAAGCCCAAGGUGCUGACGGCCGCCUCCGUCCUCAAGUUCAUCCCCGAGGAGCUGCUGAUUUUCUGCCGGGAUUUCCGCCUGCUGCGCUUCCACUUCCACGAGAACGGGCUGGCGCCCCAGGCGUACCGGGUGGCCAACGCCAUCGCCCAGGCGCGGGAGACGGCCACGUGGCCGGGGGACGGCGGGGACGGGGACGGCUGCUCCCGGGCAGAAGCCAAGGCGGAGGACGAGGAGGAGGAGGAGGGUGAAGAUGAGGAAGGCUCGGCCCCGACGCUGCUCUUCGAGAGCCUCCACGACUGGGAGAAGGAGCUGAAGCGCCAGGGCGCUGCGGGCUGGAGGGUGAGCGCCAUCAACGAGCGCUUCGACAUGGCCCCCAGCCUGCCCCGCUACCUGUGGGUGCCCAGCGGGCUCCUGGACCACGACCUCAAGCGGACGUUCGCCCACUUCGAGGAGCGCCGCGUGCCCCGGCUGUGCUGGCACCACCCGGGCGGCAGCGACCUGCUGAGAUCCGCCGGCUUCCACGCGGCCUCGGAGCCGGGGAGUGAGGACGUGAGGUGCCUGGAGGCGCUGCUGCGGCCGGGCCGCGGGCCGUGCGUGCUGGCUGACGCCGCCGAGCUGCCCACCCUGGCCGACAUCCAGCUCGCCCACCUCAAGCUGUGGGCACUCUGCCUGCACGGCGCGGCGGCCGAGGAGAAGUGGCUCUCGGCGCUGGAGGCGACGCGCUGGCUGGACCACGUCCGCGCCUGCUUGAGGAAAGCCGUCGAGGUGGCAUCGCUGCUGGCGGGGCGCCGCUGCUGCGUCCUCCUGCAAGAGCCCUCCGACCGCGACCUCAACUGCCUGCUGGCCUCCCUGGUGCAGCUCCUGGUGGACCCCCAUGCCCGGACCCUGCCCGGCUUCCAGAGCCUGGUGCAGCGCGAGUGGGUGGCAGCCGGCCACCCCUUUCCCCGCCGCCUCGGGCUGCGGCGCGACAGCCCCCGGGAGGAGGCUCCCGUCUUCCCGCUGUUCCUGGACUGCACGUGGCAGCUGGUGCGGCAGUUCCCGGCGGCCUUCGGCUUCACCGAGGCGUUCCUGCUGGCCCUGCACGACAGCAGCUUCCUGCCCUACUGCGGCACCUUCCUCUUCAGCUGCCAGCGCCAGCAGGGCCGCGGCGGCCCGCAGCAGCCCCGCAGCCAGACCUACACGCCGGUGAACGGCUGGUGGGACCCCCCCCCCGGGCAGGGGGGCAGCGCCACCAGCCGCCUGCCCCCGGUCUGGGACUGGGCCCUGCGCUACAGCCCCCAGCAGCGGGCGCGAUUUCGGAACCCCGCGGGGGUCCCCAGCACCCUGGGACCCCCCGACACCGUCACCCCCCAGACCACGGGCACGGUGAGCUGUGGGGUGGGGGGGGUCUGGGGGGGCUGCCGCGGGCGCUUCGCCCCGUCUCAGGCCGGCCUGGCGGAGGAGCUGACGCUGCUGCAGGACCGCCUCAGCGCCUGGCAAGCGCAGGGACCCCGCACCAGGGCCGCCGGCAGCCCCCUGGCACCGUCGCGAUGA